GUGGGGCCGGGGCAGGUGCCAGGGGGAGGCAGGAAGGGGCGGGCAGGGCGCUGCCUGCUCCUUGCCAUUGGGGACCGGCCGCAGGCAGCGGCUGGAGCCUGCCGGGCAGCGCCGUGCUGGAGAGCGCCGGGUCCCGCACCCACGGGGCUCCGCGUCCCACCGGCGGUAGCGGCGGGGGGGGAGCGCGCCCGGCCCGCGGCGCCCGGCGAAGGCUCCCGCGGGAGGCUCUGGCAGCGAAGCCCCGGCGGAGGUGUCCGCCCGCAGCCCGGAGCAGGGUCCCGUCGGAGAGUCCAGCAGCCCGGCUGAGCCCUGCAGCGGAGCCGGGCUGAGCCCCGCCGUGGAGGCUGCCGGAGCCGGGCUGAGCCCCGCGGCGGAGCCCAGCCGAAGCCCGGCCGUACCCGGGAGCGGAGCCCCGUCGGGGCAGCCGGUUGCAGCGCGGACAGAGCCCCGGAGCCCGCCCGGGGGAGGCUCCCGCAGCCAGCGGGACCUCCAGCCCUCGGUGAGCGGCGGCGCCCGGGGAUCGCCCCCCGGUCCCUCCAUGGACUGAGAUGGCCUCGGAGCUGGCCAUGAGCGCGGAGCUGCCCACCAGCCCCCUCGCCAUCGAAUACGUGAACGAUUUCGACCUGAUGAAGUUCGAGGUGAAGAAGGAACCGGCGGAGGCGGAGCGGCUGUGCCACCGUCUGCCCGCCGGUUCCCUCUCCUCCACCCCGCUCAGCACGCCCUGCUCCUCCGUGCCUUCUUCGCCCAGCUUCUGCGCUCCCAGUCCUGGCGGGCAACCGGCCGCCGGUCCCCCAGCUGCCGCCGCCGCUUCCCUGGGCUCCAAACAGCAGCUGGAGGAGCUGUACUGGAUGUCGGGUUACCAGCAUCACCUCAAUCCCGAAGCUCUCAACCUGACGCCGGAGGACGCGGUGGAGGCGUUGAUCGGUGCCCCUCACCAUCAUCAUCAUCACCAUCAAGGUUAUGAGCCUUUCCGACCUCAGCCCUUCGGUGGCGAGGAGCUACCGCCGGCCGCCCAUCAUCAUCCCGGCCAUCACCAUCAUCAUCAUCACCACCUGCGUUUGGAGGACCGCUUCUCCGACGAUCAGUUGGUGAGUAUGUCGGUACGGGAGCUGAACCGGCAGCUGCGGGGCUUCAGCAAGGAGGAGGUGAUCCGCCUCAAGCAGAAGAGGAGGACCUUGAAGAACCGAGGCUACGCUCAAUCCUGCCGUUACAAGCGGGUCCAGCAACGGCACAUCUUGGAGAACGAGAAAUGCCAACUCCAGAGCCAGGUGGAGCAGCUCAAGCAGGAGGUGACACGCUUGGCCAAGGAAAGGGAUCUGUACAAAGAAAAAUAUGAGAAGUUAGCCGGCCGGGGCUUCCCAAGGGAGCCCUCCCCAUCCGCCGCCCCCAAACCCGCUGCUGACUACUUCAUGUGAGCCGCAUACCUGGGGUGAGGGGUGUAUGUGUGUGUGGGGGGGUCCCUCGCUUUUUUUUCCUCACCCCCUCCACGUGGGGAGAGCAAACCCUCUGCUUGUAUUAAAAAAAAAAACCCACAACUUUUUUGCCCACUGAAAUUUUGGAGAGAGUUGAACCCCUCAACAGCCGGGACUUGGGGCUGGGGAUGGGGCGGGGGGGCGGCAGCGGACCUGGAGCCAGCCUGCAUGCGGGACGUGUACGGCGCGCAGCCACCCCCCCACCCCGGGAGCAUCAGCGCCAUCCAGGUGGCUUCCCCCCCACCGCCACAAACAUCACCACCCCCUACCCACAUACACCCCCCCACCCCUUAUCCUGUGUGUUUAACCCCCGAUUUGAUUUUCUUUUUCGAGGGGUCUCCACGGAUCGGCCGGGCGGGUCGCAGGUAGCGCUGCACCCUGCCCGGCCUCGCCGCCCGAACCCCCCCGGCCGGCAAACCUGAGCCACAUUUAACUUAUUCACCCUUGUAAAUAUGUAGAAAUUAGUUAGUUUUCUGCUUUUUUUUUUCCUUGAGCCUAUAUUUUGCUUGGUGAUUUACGAAAAAAAAAAAAACCCCACAACCCAAAAUCCUUUAGAAAAGAAAAAAAAAUACACGAGUCUUAAAAAGUUUGUAUGUAAUAGCAUGCAAAUAAUAUCGAGUUAAUUUAAUGAUGUUGGGAAGAAGCCGAAUGCACUAUAUACAGGAAUCAAUUGGGUUAAAUAAUACUGUUUUAUAGAGAUUUAAAAUUAUCUAUGCUCUUUAAAAUAGCGGGGCGGGGGGGAGGUAACAAUUUUAGGGUGACCUGAAAGGCAAUAUAGUAAUAUAUGGACUGCAAACGGUUGGCUGCUAUCUCACUAUGCACCAGAUUUAUUUAUUAACCCUCGGGAAACGGAAUAUUAUUUUAACCUCGAUGUUGAAAGAAGGAAAGAAAAUGCACAUUAUUUCUUGCAAAAAAAAAAAAAGAUUAAUUCGUGCAAUUGUGUUUGGAGCAAAAGCGGGGCCGAUCCUGCGCGGAGGAGCGGGGUUUUUUUAACAAGUUGCUUAUUUAAAAAAGAAAAACCAUUAAAAAAAAAAUAUGGGGGACAACACAAGGGUCUUGCGGACAAAGCGAGCUUGGGAGCCUGGUGCAUUUUAGGUACUGAUCGUGCGAAGCGGUUUUUAACGACCUGUUGUUUCGAUUUGUGACGGUUUUAACGAUGUUGCAUCAAGAUAAAAACUUAUAUUCAACUAGA